AAGUAUUCUUAACCCACACAGAGCUAUAAUAGCUAGAAUAAUGGCUUCUUCCAGCACUCAUAUCCCCCUCCUCACAUUCACAUUCACAAUAGCUCUUCUCUUGGUUUCAUGCAUGUCACAAUCACCCAAACCCCGUCCCUUGGUCUUACCCAUAGGAAAAGACCCCAAAACCAACCUCUUCUACACUUCACUCGGCAUAGGAACACCCCGACACGACAUGGAGCUAACCAUUGACCUAGGAGGACCAUUCCUAUGGUACGACUGCGACAACAGCUACAACUCUUCAACCUACCACCCCGUCCCAUGCCAAUCCAAAAACUGCCCCGGAGACGCUGCAUGCACCGGCUGCACCGCUGGCCCUUUCAAACCUGGUUGCUCAAACAACACGUGCGGAGCCUUCUUAAUAAACCCCUACGCCGAUGCUAUCUUCAGCGGCGACUUAGGCCAGGAUGUCGUCUUCCUCUCUAACUCCUCAUCACCACUCUCUCCGAUACUCUCCGCAUGCACUCCCGCCGAUGGAAGUUGGCUUCUAAACAACUUAACCCAAAACAGUAAAGGGAUAUUAGGCAUCGCAAGGACACAACUUGCGUUACCAACGCAGCUUUCACUCUCUCGUAAGCUUCCUCGCAAGUUUGCCCUAUGUUUACCAUCAUCAAACAAGAAAGGGCUUGGUACCCUCUUCUUUGCUGGGGCACCACGUGUUUCUUUUCCACUUCAAAAUACUUCUCUCAUUGUUAACCCCUUCAGCACCGCUCCCAUCUUCACUGAAGGCGACCCCUCUUACGAAUACUUCAUAGCUGUGAAAUUGAUCAGCGUUGGUGGCCGAGUUCUCAGCUUUAAGCCUUCCCUUCUUUCCAUUGACAACAAGGGACACGGUGGGACCAAAAUCAGCACUAUGAAUCCCUUCACCGUGCUGCAUAGUGCCAUAUUCAAACCCCUUGUUAGGGAGUUUUCCAAGAGGGCUUCUGAUAGGAAGAUUAAGAAAGUGGCGUCGGUGGCACCGUUUGGAGCGUGUUUUGAUUUCAGCACCAUUGGUAGGAACGUUACGGGACUUGAUGUGCCGGUGGUUGAGUUGGGCCUGGAAGGGGGAGCGCAGUGGAGAAUUUAUGGUGGGAAUUCGAUGGUUUUGGUGAACAAAAAGGUGGCGUGUCUUGGAUUUGUGGACGGAGGGCAAGAGACAAAGACAUCGGUUGUUAUUGGUGGGCUUCAAUUGGAGGACAAUCUUUUGGAGUUCGAUUUAGUUUCAUCCAAACUAAGCUUCACCUCCUCCCUCCUCCUUCAUAAUGCAAGAUGCUCUCACUUCACAAGCUAAUAAUUUCUUUUCGCAUAUUCAACUGGGUGUGAUGAUGAGUUUAGUUAAUUGACUUCUAUAUGUAUGGCUGAAAAUUAAUACAGCAUGUUUUCCUUUAACUGAUUUUGGAAAUUUGAGCAGUUGUGUUGUGAAUGUUGAUAAUAAAAGAACAUGUGUAAUGAAGUUUAUUCAGUUCUGUACACGUAUACUUUGUAUUUACUCGCACAAUAAAAUAAUGUCAAAUUAUG